UGGGAAGCUCAAGCUUGACAGCGACUACCUCACCUUAAGAGAGACCAGCAGCUUCACGUCAUGGGUUGCCAGAAGAGCAAGGUGGCAACUCCUGCGGAGACCAUGGGGCUGCCCGCGAAAAAUCAGAAGAGUCUGAAGAACCAACGGACUGCGAUGGUUUGGGAGUCCGAGACCGAAUCCACAGCCUUGGCAUCUGGAGCUUUUGCCACAGAAGUUUCGGAGGUCAACGAAGCUGCUGAAGGCGAGGCAUUAGCACCUGCCGAGCUCACACCCAUCCAGUGUGAGGAGGAGGUCGCACAGGAGAAUGUGAGGUUGAGCCAGUCCGAAGACACUGUUGAGGGACUUUGUGGCUUCUGCUACUGAGCCGGAUCCUUUCCCGUUCUUUUCUUCAAGGGAUCCAGUAUAUGCCAAAGCGGCCCCACGUCGCUGCUAAUUUGAUCCCCCAUGUCAAGUGAAUGGUCAAACUCCAUGAGUGAUC